AUGACAACCACAACUACAACUACAUCUUCAAUGGUCCCAGUACUAAACCAGCAAUCAGUUGAAAUACCAUCUCAUUCACUCGAGGAAAUGAAUUCAUCACAAACAGAACGAGUAACAGUCACAACUUCCAAAGAAUGGGUACUACCACCAAGACCAAAACCUGGAAGAAAAUUGAAGGAGAUCAAAGCAAAACAAAAGUGUAACAUUAAGCCAUCUUCAACUUCAAGUGCAAUAUCAGCAUCGAACAUACCAGCAAGCACGAAAAAGUCACCAUCCGCCAAACAAUCAACUAAUCGCAAAUCGAAUAAGAAAUCCGAUUGCUGUGCCAAUGAGUUGAACCCUGAUCUAUCAACUGUAUCAUCAUUAUUGCAAAAUAUAUCCAUUAUAGACUCUGAAAAUUCUUGCCUAAAAUCAAACUUGUUGUGUUUAAUUCACGAAUAUAAGCAUUUGAAAAAUUUGGUUUUAAGCGCCCCCUCAACAACCACAGAAUCAUCAAACACAAACACACCAGCCACCACCACAACCGCCACCGGUACAACCGCAACAAGAACGGGCUCGAUAACCUCAGACCUGGCUAUAGACUCGCUACCAGACAAUUUGACAGAAAUUGUUGACUCAAUGUCACAUGAGGUUCGUGCAGUCCAUAAGCGUUCGUUUGUUGAAGUAUGUGAAGAAGAUAAAGAUUUGUUUUCGGAGAUUGAACACAUCAUUGAAGAAGGUGAACCAUCAAGACGCAUGUCUGCCCCCGCUUCGAGAGCCUCCCUUAGCUCCUCAAUCUCUACUACGAAUUCCACCUCGGCAUCGUCACCAAUUGCAACCAUCAUGGGCUAUAAUUCAUCCACCGUUGACACUGUAGCGUCUACGCCUUCGCCUGCCACACUUGAAUUUGAGCAAUUUAUCAAUAUAGAUCAACUGGAUGAUAAGAAAGAAACAUCUAUGAGCUCAACUCCAGACUCCACCUCCACUUACAGAAGCAAGAAAUUUGCCCAUUACAAGGAUUUUCACAAGUUGGAUACUGAAGAAGACUCUGAUGGCGAUAUCAAUUUCGAAGAUGAUGAUUUGAUCAAUGGUGGAGGAGGAGAGGAAGAAGAGGAUGAUUUCCUUGGUGAAUUAUGCACGCCUUCAUCAACUUCAUCUCAUGACUUGUCCCGUACCACAUCACCAUACUCUGACUACGAAACAAACUCUUUGAUGAGUACUUUGACAAGAACAACUACAGGCUCAUCAAUCAAUACAGUUAUUCAUGAGAAACCAAGUUUUGCCAGUGACAAAUUGCACAACAAUUCUUCUUCGGGUUACACUUCAAUUCACCCACCCCCUUUGACAUUGAAGAAGAUGGGUAAUUUCUUUGAUUUACCAAAGUAUCAAGAAAAUGAUAAAUUGUACAGUUUUAAAUUUGACACUGCUGAGUAUCAAGCGAAAAGAAUUGAUGAUGAAUAUAACUUGGUGACCGAUUUGUUGGAGGAAAAAUUGAUGAGCAAUGAAAUCCAUUAUUACCUGCAACAAGAAUAG